AUGCAGCCUCGUGUUGCAAUUUCAGCAACAUAAGAAAUUUUUAUACUGUACUCUAGAUCGUAGAAGUAUUCACGUCCGAUUUUUUUGAUAAAAAAGAAUAAAAUUGAAAUUAAAAUUUUUGCAACAAUAUUAGAAUUAAAUAUUUUUGUUAAAAAACUUGAUAUCAUUUUAUAUUGAAGUAUAGAUGUUUUAAAAAUUUAGUUAUUUAAUUAAAUAAAGAAGGAUAAAAUUAUAAGUAAAUUAGUAGUUUAAAUUAUGUAAAAUUGGAAGAGAAAUACACAAAAAUCAUGGAUUUAUUUUUUUUACGUACGGUGUAGAUAAAUCUUUUAGGAUUAAUUUGAGCAAUGCAAAUUUGAUGUGAUUAUGUAUACUUUAGGAAGUGUUGUCAUUACCGGAGCAAGUUGAUGAGGCGAUAAACUACAUAAAGAAUUUAGAAGCAAAAGUGAAAAUGGAUAAAGAGAAGAAAGAGAUGUUAUUGAGAAAGAAGAAAAGAUCUCGUGAUUGCUUCAUUGGUGCACCAAAAUUACCACGUUUUGAGAUUCACGAAAUUGGUUCUUCUUUACAAUUUGUUUUCACAUGUGGAUUAGAUAACCGGUUCAUUUUAUAUGAAAUCAUACGUGUAUUGCAUGAAGAGAAUGUAGAGGUCAAGAGUGUCAAUUCAUCAACCUUUGGAGAUUUACUCGUUCAUGUUGUGCAUGCUAAGGUUGGUGAACGUUGUCUUCAAUUUGGAGGGACGAAAGUGAGUGAGAGAUUGAAAAGGUUUGUGAAUGAAUCAACAAGUGAUGAGGAAAUUAUACAGCCUAAGUUGGGGGAUUUUGAAAUGGGAACUGAUUUAUGGGGUUUUUAGAUGCAUCUUACUUUUUUCAAAACUUUUGUAAAAGAAGCACAAAAUAACAACAUACAAUUCCGUGUUUUCAAAAAAGAAAAAAUUGACCGGUAUAGGAAUCAACUAAUUAACAAGAUAUGGUUGUUACAAAUCAAUAUUAAUUCAAAAAGAAAAACAAAAAUGAUCCCUUCAAAUUGAUAGUUUUGGGUUUGAUCCAUGCCCGUGUAUGUAUGGAAAGUAAUUUGUUGAAAGAUAUUAGUUCUCUCUUUAAAUGAAAUUUUGUCUUUUGAAAUAUAUUAAUUAUAGUUUGUCUUCGCUUUUUUUAGAUGGGUCAGUCCUUAAGAUUACUUUAAAACGUCAUCUCUCCGAGUCCACUCAUAAUAAUAUCAUUUCUUUGUGUCUAUCUCCCUCUGUGUUCGGACUCGUACUUAUAUACAGAGUGCCUUUGACAUCAGGGAAUAUACACAAUCUUUUUUCAUCUUAUACAUCUUACUUUUCGAAUCAAUACUUACUUGAACGUUAAAGUGUUUGUAGAUAUCACCUAUUCGUCAGAAUUCAGUGCAAUCCACAAAAUCAGCCAUCAUCUUAAAUCCAAUUCGAAUCAAUAACAUA